GUGGAUGCAGAGGUGGUUGGGCCACCUGUGGGAGUUGAAGAAUGAAUUUGUUGGCAUUGAAUAAAUUUAUGGUUCUUCUGUGGAAGAAUUUCACUUUAAAGAGACGGCAGUUCAUUGCUAUAGUUGUGGAAAUCAUCGUGACAUUACUGUUUGCUGGCAUACUUUUGUUAACACGCAAGAUUGGGGUUAUAAGUCAGAAUGGGCCUUACUAUUACCCUUUUCAGCCUGUUGAUAAGUUGCCUGUAUUCCUCGGAAAGAACCCUCCUUCUGGUCUGUGGGAAUUGGCUUUCGUGCCUUCCAAAAGUGUUGUGGUGAAGAAUAUUGUUGAAACUGUGAAAAGGGAUUUACACUACAAUUUUGAAGUGAAAGGCUUUUCUUCAGAAAAAGAUUUUGAAAAUUACAUUAAGCAAGCGAAUAACUCUGAAAGAGUGAUGGUUGCUUUUGUUUUUGACCAUGAGUUCAAAAAUAGCCAUGAUCCUCUGCCACUUAAGGUCAAGUAUUAUCUGCGUCUUAGUAGUCUUCAGAGGAAUCGGCAUGUGAAUUAUUUCCGACUUGGAAGCUGGGACACAGGCUCUCUCUUUCCAAGGUCUCCUUCCUUCGGGCCCAGGAAUCCAGAACAUGCAGAUGGGGGAGAUCCUGGGUACAUCACUGAAGGGUUCCUGGUUAUGCAACAUGCCUUGGAUAAGGCCAUCAUGAAAUAUCAUAACCAAGCCGCCUCACAAAAGCUGUUCAGAGAUGUUCAAGUAUUUGUUCAGAGAUUUCCAUACCCAGCAUAUUAUCAUGAUUCCUUCUUUCCCUUUUUUGGUAGUUUCAUCCCUUUAGUAAUUUUAUUUAUUUUCACCACCAAUUAUCUUACCCUCAUUCAAGCUAUUGUGUGGGAAAAGGAACACCAGUUGAAGGAGUACCAGCUCAUGAUAGGACUCAGUAACUGGAUGCUCUGGGCUGCCUAUUUCUUCACAUUCCUCAUUUUGUAUUCAAUUAUCAUCUUUUUGAUGUGCCUAAUUUUCUUUGUCAAGAUGGAACCUGUGCCCAUCAUCCAGUACAGCGACCCAUCUCUUAUUUUUGUCUUUUUGCUGUGUUUUGCUAUCUCCACAAUAUUCUUCAGCUUUAUGGUCAGCACAUUUUUCAAUAAAGUGCACUUCGCUGUAUCUCUCGGAGGUUUCAUUUACCUCGCCACCUACUUUCCAGCUGUCAGUGUCUCUGCUAAGUAUGCAGACAUGACCCUCACCCAGAAGCUGGCUUCCUGCCUCAGCUCAAAUAUUGUGAUGGUACUGGGGACUAAAUUCCUCGUCAAGGCAGAAGUGGACAGAAUUGGAAUUAAAUGGAGUAACAUCUUCUCAUCAACCACAAUGGAGAAAUUUACAUUUGUCCACAUACUGGGAAUGUUUUUAUUUGAUGCUCUCUUGUAUGGCCUUGUGGCCUGGUAUGUAGAAGCAGUCUUUCCAGGAGAGUACGGUGUGCCCAAGCCAUGGAACUUUUUUUUGCUGCACUGUCACUGGUUUAGGGAAAAAUCUAAGGAAAAAAAUGAAUCAAGGCAAUUGUAUGAGACAAUUAGAGCCAAGUAUUUUGAAGCUGAACCUACUGGUUUGGUGGCAGGUAUCCAGAUCCAACAUUUGUACAAGGCAUUCCAAGUGAACAACACUACAAAACUAGCUAUAAAAGACGUGUCCUUGAAUUUAUAUGAGGGUCAGAUCACUGUUCUUCUAGGACCUAAUGGGGCAGGAAAAUCUACUACUUUAUCUAUUCUUUCAGGUCUCUAUCCUGCUACCAGAGGAGAGGCCUAUGUUAAUGGAUAUGCUAUCUCAAAGCAGAUGGUCCAGGUCAGGAAAAGCUUGGGCUUGUGUCCCCAGAAGGACUCAUUGUUUAAUUACUUGACAGUGUCAGAACACCUUUAUUUCUAUGGUGUGAUAAAAGGAAUCCCUCGAAAAAUUUACCAUAUGGAAAAGGAGCGUAUACUGUCUGCUUUUAACCUGCUAGAAAAGCGAAAUGCAUUUUCAAAGUCACUGAGUGGAGGAAUGAAGCGCAUACUCUCCAUCAUUAUAGCACUUAUGGGGAACUCCAAGGUGGUGAUACUUGAUGAGCCCACAGCUGGCAUGGACCCCGCCUCAAAGAGGGCCACCUGGGAUUUCCUUCAACGGUAUAAACGGAACUGUACCAUCUUACUGACCACCCACUACAUGGAUGAAGCUGACAUCCUGGGUGACCGCAUAGCCAUCAUGGUGAACGGAACUUUGCGAUGCUGUGGCUCUUCACUUUUCCUCAAAAAGAUAUAUGGUGUGGGAUAUCACAUAGUCAUGGUGAAGGAACCCCACUGUAAUGUUGAAAAAAUUUCUAAAUUUAUGUGUUAUCAUAUACCAUCAGCCAUUUUGGAGAAGAAUAUUAGAAAUGAAUUAUCUUUUCUUCUACCCAAAGACAGCACACACAGCUUUGAAGCAAUGUUUACUGAACUGGAAGAGAGACAGAAAGAGCUCGGCAUUGCUAGCUUUGGUGCCUCUGUCACUACCAUGGAAGAAGUCUUCAUUAGGGUCAGUAAUAUGGAAGCUUCAGAAAUAGACAUCUUACCUCUCCAAUCUCAACGUUUCUCUCAGAUGAGUGAUACCUUAUUCAUGAACCAGAAUAGGAAUAUGUCCAGAAAUGAGAGAGCUGACUCUUUAACUGUGAAUGAAAGCCCUGCUGUUAUGUUUAAUACUGGGUAUUCCCUCUACCAGCAGCAGUUCCGUGCCAUGUUCAUAAAAAGGGUAAUAUUCAGUCGUCGCAACUGGAAACUCAUUCUGCUGCAGAUGCUGGCCCUUGUUGGUUCGCUUGCCUUGCUCUCACAGGCUGACAAGUCUUCACUUGGCAAUAUGAACGGGCAGUCCAGACAAAUGAAUUUGGGUCAAUAUGGUCAAACCAUUGUGCCUCUAUCUAUUUCUGGGAAUUCUAAUUUGACUCUGAUUUUCUUAAAACAUCUUAAAAGUAUGCUCAUAUCUGACAACCACACACUUAAGGAAGUGCAAGGUAACCUAAUGGAAUACUUGAUAGAAAAUGAAGAUUGUAUUCACUUAUGCAUUGUUGCAUUUUCAAUUGAGGUGAAGAGAAAUCAAACAAUAUUUACUGUUCUGUUCAACAAUCAAGCAUACCAUUCACCAUCCUUGGCCUUGGCAAUGUUAGACAAUAUUCUUUUCAUGUCAACUUCUGGCCCUGAUGCUUCCUUAACAGUCUCCAAUAAACCUCAGCCACACCUUAAUGAUAAGGAAUACAGUAGAAUCUUUUCAAAUGGAUACCAGGUGGCCUUAAAUAUACAUUUUGGCAUGGCUCUAUUGAUCAGUGGCUAUUGUCUCCUGACAGUGACUGAGAGAGUCUCUGGGGCAAAGCACAUUCAGUUUGUGAGUGGGGUCUAUAUCCUUGCAUACUGGCUCGCUGCUCUACUGUGGGAUCUCAUCCUCUACUUCAUUGCCUGCUGCUUCCUACUGGUGGUGUUUCAGCUGUGCGAGCUGGACGUCUACGUCACAGGCUACCACCUCCUGGACACCAUGUUCAUCCUGAUGCUGUACGGCUGGUCUGCCAUUCCGCUCAUGUACCUGCUGAGCUUCCUGUUCUCUAAAAGCUCAUCUGCCUACAUCAAACUUGUGUUGUUCAACUACCUUUCAGGCAUUUUCAGCCUCUUAAUAGAUGUCAUGUUUCAAUCUGAUACUGAAAAGAGUGUUUAUUCUUUGGAAGGGCAAACGAUUGGAAUAUAUAUAAUUAUGAUGAGUACCAUAGGCGUUAUUUACCUUCUCUUGAUUUUCUUUUGGGAGACAAAUGUUUGGAAACUAAGAAAAUUUCUCAAUCAAUACAUUUACUUUGGUAUCUAUAAGAAAUACAAAAAGGGAAAAGUGUCUAAGGAGUUAUCUGGAGAAUGUGACGAUGACGAUGUAGAAAAUGAAAGAAAGAGAAUCCUGGGGCAGCCUCUGGAGGUGCUAAAUUCUGCAGUACUUAUUAAGGAGCUCACAAAGAUAUAUUUUAAUUAUCCGGUCGUUCUGGCUGUGAAAAAUAUCUCCGUUACAAUCCAAAAGGGGGAAUGUUUUGGAUUGCUGGGGUUCAAUGGAGCUGGAAAAACGAGUGCCUUCCAUAUUUUGACUGGAGAAGAGAUUGCUACCACUGGGCAAGUGUUCAUUGAUGGCUUUAACAUCACUGACAAUAUCCACAAGGUGAAGUCAAGAAUUGGCUAUUGUCCUCAAACUGAUGCCUUGCUGGAAUACAUGACUGGUCGGGAAAUAAUGAUCAUGUAUGCCAGAGUAUGGGGAGUCUCUGAGCCCCAAAUUCAGCUGCACGUGAGAAAAUGGUUGGGUUCACUGCAACUGGAGCCCUAUGCUGACAGGAUUAUCAGUACUUACAGUGGAGGAAGCAAACGUCGUCUGUGUACUGCUAUUGCUCUAAUGGGAAAACCCGCAGUAAUUUUGAUGGACGAGCCAUCAACUGGCAUGGACCCAGUUGCCCGACGCCUGCUCUGGGAUGCUGUGAUACAAGCUCGUGAAAGUGGCAAAGCCAUUAUUAUAACCUCCCACAGGUUGGAGGAAUGUGACAUCUUCUGCACCAAGCUGGCCAUCAUGGUGAAGGGGAAGUUUGUGUGUCUGGGCAGCCCUCAGCACCUCAAGAACAAGUUUGGCAAGUUUUAUAUCCUGAAGAUCAAGAUCAAUACUGAUACACACAAGCAAACAUUAGAUGAUUUAAAAAAUUUUAUCAUGAUGACAUUUCCAGGUAGUACAUUAAAGCAGGAGAGCAAAGAGAUCCUGAACUAUUACAUCCCCAGCACGGACAAUAGCUGGGCAAAGGUGUUUGGCAUUUUGGAGGAUGCUAAAGAGCAAUUCAGUUUAGAAGAUUAUUAUGUCAGUCAGAUAACACUGGAACAAGUCUUCCUGACCUUUGCUAUCCCAGAGAACAAAGGACUUAAUGACUACAAUAAUGUGCCAUGA